CGACUCCUCACGACUCGCGCUGCGCAGUCCGGCGGAGCUCGCUGGAGCAGGAACCCGGCGGGGUGGGUUCGCGGGUGGCCUUCCGCAGCGGCGGCUCCGCCCACUCCCCCCGGCGUCCCCCUUCUCGGCCGUCGCCGCUGGCCGUGGCGGCCUGCUGGGUCCGCGUCCCGCCUCUGCUCCCGGAGGACAUGCAGAAGAGAGAAUGAGCCAGAGGGACACGCUGGUGCAUCUGUUUGCCGGGGGGUGUGGUGGCACAGUGGGAGCUAUUCUGACAUGUCCACUGGAAGUUGUCAAAACACGGCUGCAGUCUUCUUCUGUGACACUGUAUAUUUCUGAAGUUCAGCUAAACACCAUGGCUGGAGCCAGUGUCAACCGAGUAGUGUCCCCUGGACCCCUUCAUUGUCUAAAGGUUAUCCUGGAAAAAGAAGGCCCUCGCUCGUUGUUUAGAGGAUUAGGCCCCAAUUUGGUAGGGGUGGCUCCCUCCAGAGCAAUAUACUUUGCUGCUUAUUCAAACUGCAAGGAAAAGUUGAAUGGUGUUUUUGAUCCCGAUUCUACCCAAGUACACAUGGUUUCAGCUGCAAUGGCAGGUUUUACUGCAAUCACGGCAACAAACCCCAUUUGGCUUAUAAAGACUCGGUUACAGCUUGAUGCAAGGACUCGUGGGGAAAAGCAAAUGGGUGCUCUUGAGUGUGUUCGAAAAGUAUAUCAGACAGACGGACUGCGAGGAUUUUACAGGGGCAUGUCUGCCUCCUAUGCCGGCAUAUCAGAGACAGUUAUCCAUUUUGUUAUUUAUGAAAGUAUAAAGCAAAAACUACUGGAAUGUAAGACUGCUUCUAUGAUGGAAACUGAUGAGCAGUCUGUAAAAGAAGCAUCGGAUUUUGUGAGAAUGAUGCUAGCUGCUGCCACCUCAAAAACCUGUGCCACAACCAUAGCGUAUCCACACGAAGUUGUAAGAACAAGACUACGUGAAGAAGGGACAAAAUAUAGAUCUUUUUUUCAAACAUUGUCUUUGAUUGUUCAAGAAGAAGGCUAUGGGUCUCUUUACCGCGGACUAACAACUCAUCUGGUGAGGCAGAUUCCAAACACAGCCAUCAUGAUGGCCACCUAUGAACUGGUGGUCUACCUUCUCAACGGAUAGCAGCAGGGGCUGCCAUGCUGCAGAGCAGGAAGACCAAAAGAUCACAGUGGACCAUGGGAUCUCGAAGCCAGCAUGGUGGACAGAAGACAGUAGUUGGGAAACAUGUAACAGCUAUGGCUGAGUGGAAGGUGUGGUCUUAGGAAGUGAGGUACCACACGACAUUAAAAUUUCAGUGAGCAAACCUGCGCCGCCUCGUAAAGAAUGCUUUGAAAAGUAUUCUUUUCUCAAAAUUGCCAUUUUCUCUACUAUUGUUCACCAGCUCCAGUUUGUUUUACUGGUUUAUAACAUUCAGAAUAUAGUAUUAAUUCCAUGAGCAUUUUUGGUUGUUUAAACAAAAUCAUUCCUAAGUAUAUACUGUACUGUAAUUUUCCAAAGAUGGUAGUGACAAUUACAAAUGACUAACUUGAACUUCUGCAAUACUAUAAAAUAACACGUAGACCCUCAGUCCCACUUCCCCAGGAGGGCCUGCCUGUUACAGUGUUCUAUGUUAUCUGACACCUGUAAUCACUGUAUUGUGACAACCAGUGAAGUAGUAUCUAAAUACUUCACAUUUGCAAAAUUAAAGUGUUAUGGUCACAGCUAAAAGAUCUCCAUCAUAAUGUGGACUUUAACAUAUCAAACACACACAGCUAAUGCUUUGGGACUAUAAAAUAAGCUAGUGGAUACUGAAUCUGGCUUAGCGAGCAUCCUCAUACCUUCUCCAAUUAUGUGAUGCAGUUAUGGAUAUAAUUUUGAUUCAUAGUGUGAUUAUCACAGUCUCAUACCUACAUAUUAUUUACUUUAAAAGUAGAAAACUAACGACUUGAAUUUUUUCUACUUAACUUUCACAUUAAGAAUUUUAACCUUUGAAUUAUUUCCACAUCUGUAUAAGUUAUUCUUUGUUGGUAGAGGAAAUGGUAAUUUUCAGUUUUGCCCUUUAUAGGCUCCUUGAAGUGAUAUUAAUAUUUAGGACAAUAUAAAUAUUACAAAAAGACACGCUCAGCUAUCAGAUACAGUGAAUCUUAGUUGACAGAGAGCCUGUGAGUGUGCUACAUUGCACAAAUGUUAUUCCUAGUUCCCUAAAUGCUCUCUCAUAGAGUCGGGCUAGUUUUAGUUCAUUGUGUUAACAAGAUAAUAGUUUUUAAAUUUUGCUGUUGAGUCAACAACACGUUUGAAUACUUUAAUAUAUAUGGCCAUUAUAAAGGUGUUUGCUGCAAUACUAUAGAUUUUCCUAUGGAUGUGCUAUACUGGCAUAUAAAACUCGUACAAUUAAACUCUACUGCGGUACUCUUCAGAGGACUUAACUUUA